GUGAAAAUAAAACAGUAGAAAGAAAAGAAAGAGAAAAGACAAUGUGUGAACGGAGGGAGACUCGCACUUGUUGAGGUUUUAGUUAAGCCCUAAAUACCCCCCCCCCCCCCCCCUACAUUACUGUAAUCUUCGAGACUUCAACAGCGUGUUUAUCUUUUAGUGUGUGUGUGAGAGAUUGGAGGCAAAUAGGGGUUACAACAGAAGAUGGCGAAGGAGGUGGAGGAAGAGAAGCAAGGCGGAAUAGAAGCCAAGGUUGAGUCAGCUUUGCGCUCCCGCCUUCAACAUUUCAAAGAAAAUGCCGACUCCUUCACUUUGGAGAGGGUCCGUAGACUUAUAGAGAAAGACUUGGAGCUUGAAACUUAUGCUCUUGAUGUGCAUAAAAAAUUCAUUAAACAGUUCUUGGAGAAGCAAAUGGAGAAUGCUGAUGAUGAUGGUGCCCCUAAGGAUUCUCGGGAAAAAUUGGAAAAAGAUGCUUCUUCAGCUAAACAAGAAAUAGAAGCGGCCGAGUCCCCUAAAAAGCAAGCGAUAAAGAAAGAUACCAAAGAGACAGCCCCUGAAGAUGAAGCAGAAAUGGAUGACUCUCCAAUAAUGGGCGUUAUGAGCUCCAAAUCAGAAUCAGUGGAUGCUCAAGGUGUAAAGCCAAGUGAGAGCACAAUAAAGAAGGCCAUCUGGGAGAGAGCUGCUCACUUCAGAGCUAAUUCUGAGUCAAUAACUCUUGCUGGUGUUCGUCGCCUUCUGGAAGAAGAUCUUGGUCUUGAGAAAAAUACUCUUGAUGCCUUUAAGAAGUUUAUUCAGAACCAAGUAGAUGAGGUGUUAACAUCUUCUGAAGCUCCUAAAUCCACCAAUAGUGGUAAGAAAAGCCCUGAAAAAAGAAGUAAAGCAGCAAAAAAGAGUGGUGAAAACUCUAAUUCAUUUAGCAGCCGAAGUAAAAAUGUAGCAGAGAAAGUAAAAUCAGGUAAGAAAUCUGCCGCAAAAGAGACGGCUGAGAAAUCUGAAGGACUGAAGAAACGAAAAAGUCCUAAUUCAGAGGAUAACGUCCCUGCCAAAAAGCAGAAAGAAGUUUCUAAGAAGCUAUCUGAUGAAAGUAGUGAUGGAGACACCAGUAACAGUAAGAGUGAUUCUGAAGAUGGUCAAUCUGGAUCAUCUGCUGAAAUUCCUGCCAAGAAGAAAGUGGUAAAGGGAGCACCAGCUACUGCUGGAUAUGGAAAACGUGUGGAGCAUCUGAAAUCAAUAAUUAAAGCUUGUGGGAUGAGUGUUGCUCCUUCUAUUUAUAAGAGAGCCAAGCAGGUGUCUGACGACAAGCGUGAGGGUUUCCUGAUAAAGGAGUUGGAAAAGAUACUUUCUGGAGAAGGACUAUCAACGAAUCCCAGCGAGAAAGAAAUCAAAGAAGUCAAAAAGAGAAAGGAAACAGCAAAGGAAUUGGAAGGCAUUGACCUAAGCAACAUUGUUUCAAAUACACGACGGAGAUCAACGACCAGCUUUGUUCCUCCUCCAAGACCCAAGUUACCUCCUAAAGAGGAUAAGAAUGACGACAAAAAGGAUGAUAGCAGCAAUGAUGAUGCAAGUGACAGUGACAAAGACGAUGAUGACGAUGAAGAUGAUGAUAGCAGUCAGAGUGAGGAGUUCAAUGAAGAUGAUAACGAGGACAGUGAAUGAAGCUUUCAGGGAUGAAGAUUAUAAGUUACAGACCAGUCAAUCAUCUUUAGAAUGUAUCAAUAGCUUCGGUUUUCUCAUCUUAGAUUUGGGAGCUGAGAUUUAGUGUAUUUUAGAAGUAUAUUUAUAUGAGAUGUGAUAUUUAGUUGGUUCUGAAAUGUUAAAUUAGUGGUCAUGGAUAUUAGAAGCCUUAGUUGUUAGUUAUCGUGCGAUUUUGUAAAUGGAGCAUCUUUGCUUGUGCAUUGUGGGAGGUUUAAUCUUCGUGUU